GCGCCCCCAGGGGAGAACCGGAGCAAAGAUGGAGGCCGGGCCGAAGCUGCCGCCAACGCUGAAGCUGCAGCCGAUGCCGCCGCCGUCGGGGCCCCGGAGCCGAGGUGCUUAGGGUCCUCCUGCCUCUGGGCCUGGGUCGGGCGCACGCGGUCCCCCAGCCCAGGCCGGCCCCCCUCCGGAGCUCCAGCCGCCUCCUGGAGACUAGGACAGGUUCGUCUCCCGGCCCGGCCCUGGCCCCGGCCCCGGCCCUGGCCCCGGCCCGGGGCCCCGCAGUCUCCUCCGCCCGGCCCGCCUCCUCGGGGCUCGUGGCUUGCUGCUGCGCUGCUCCCCUCCGGGCCUGGUACCCCGGAGCCCCUGCUCUUGGGCCGCGCGGCCCCUCGCUCAGCUCGGCUCAGCUCGGCCCAGUGCCUGCCCGGCUCCCCACGCCUCCAGUCCCCUCGCUCUGGCCUCCCCCCAGCCCCCAGCUUCUCCCCAUCCUUUUCCAUUCCCCCCAGCUCCCUGCCCCCAGCAUCUUCUCCCCCGGGAAGGCUUUGGGCCUGGGCCCUGGGGCCCCCCCUCUCCCAGCCCCAGCCCCUCUAGUCUUAGGGCCCCUGCCCCGCCUCCCCUGCCCUUCCGCCCCUCACUCCCACCCCUCAGCCCUGGGGUUCCAGGCUCUCAGGCCUUCAUUUCCUUAGCUCCCUCCCCGUCUCCCCCGCCCACCCCUCUCUCAGUUCCCAGGCUCCUAACCAUCAGGUUCCUGGCUCCUGGUCCCAUAGCCCAGUGCAUCCCCGCUCUCACCCUCUAUCCCAACCCCAAACCCUGCCACCAUGCUGCCAUCCCAGGAGGCCUCGAAGCUGUACCAUGAGCAUUAUAUGCGGAACUCGCGGGCCAUUGGGGUGCUGUGGGCUAUCUUCACCAUCUGCUUCGCCAUCAUCAACGUGGUGGUCUUCAUCCAGCCCUACUGGGUGGGCGACAGUGUGAGCACCCCUAAACCCGGCUACUUCGGCCUCUUCCACUACUGCGUGGGGAGCGGGCUGGCUGGCCGGGAGCUCACCUGCCGUGGCUCCUUCACCGACUUCAGCACCAUCCCGUCUGGGGCCUUCAAGGCGGCUGCCUUCUUCGUGCUGCUGUCCAUGGUGCUGAUCCUGGGCUGCAUCACCUGUUUCGCCCUCUUCUUCUUCUGCAACACAGCCACAGUCUACAAGAUCUGUGCCUGGAUGCAACUGCUUGCAGCUCUAUGCCUGGUCCUGGGCUGUAUGAUCUUCCCCGAUGGCUGGGAUGCAGAGACCAUCCGGGAUAUGUGUGGGCAGAAGACAGGGAAGUACUCUCUGGGGGACUGCUCUGUGCGCUGGGCAUACAUCCUGGCCAUCAUUGGCAUCCUCAAUGCCCUCAUCCUCUCCUUCCUCGCCUUUGUGCUGGGUAACCGGCAAAGCGACUUGCUGCAGGACGAACUCAAGACAGAGAGCAAAGAUUUUGUGGGCUCUGCGAACAUAACAGAGAUGCUGCCACUGGGCCUUGCCCUCUCUGGAGGCCCCGGACUGGACUCUUUCCCGCCUUUUUCUGCCAACGACGGUUCAGUGACGUGCACCUCGAAGCCUCAGAUGCUGCCAACCUCCCUCGGGCGGCCUCCCCGAGACCCUGCUCUCCCCACCCAGCUCACCUAAGAUGAAGAUGACCUGCCUGGAGGGAGGGAGCAUGGAGUCCUGGGGUCAUUCACCCCCUCCUCUCUUCACCCACCAUCCCACUGGCCACUGACCCCACUGCUUUCAUGGGGACAAUUGCAGCUUUGUGUCAAGACAAAAAGAUCAACUGAAUUAACUGCCAAGAUUCAGAGAUCCUGGGGAAAGGUCCUGGACAGCUUUUCCCCCGUCUCCCUAUGUCCAGGAUCCCCUGUCUCCUUUUCUUGCCCUUUCAUGCUGAACAAGAACAAGGACCUGGGCAGGGAGGGAAGGGGGUUGCUUUCAUUCUGGAUUGGGCUCCAAUCUCUUCUUGACCCCGUCUCGGGAGGUCUGCUCCACAGACUGGGCCCAGCCUCAAUGCCUCUCACCUGCCCCCUGGUCUGGGCCCGUUUUGUACAGCACAGAAUUCUCAGUUCUUUUGUUGGCGGGGAUGGGGGAGGGAGAGUGGAAGAGGGGCCCAGAGACAACAUUCCUCUCCUCCAUCUGCCAGUGGCAGAAACUGUCCUGUUUCUUUGAUACUUUUAUGUGCAACUUGAACUUGCAGCUCACCUCCAAACAGGGUACUCCCCAUCCCACCCCCCAAACCUGCCCCCCCCCAUAUCCCCAUCUUCUCUCUGCACCAUCCCCUCUCCAACCAGGGGACUCCACCACUACCACUUUAUGCUUUAAGCCCAUUGUUUUGGAGACUUGAUGGGGCUGUAAAUGGGGCCAAGUUAACAGGUGAAUGUGUGUGUGUGUGUGUGUGUGUGUGUGUGUGUGUGUGAGCACUAGAGGUAGUCACAGAGAGAAUGGGCUUCUUGCCUUAUCUCCUUCCCCCAUCCACCCACCCUCUGCCUUUCUUUCCAGAGUGGAGAGAUGGAAUGAGUGGCACCAGGGGAAGUUCACGGGGUCCACUGGGUUGUAGGAACAGAGCCACUAGCCUUGGGGACCUCAGUGGGGUUUGAACCCCUUCUUUCAACUCUUUCCCCAUUCCUCUCCAAAAGAGUGGGUGUCCCCAUUCACUCUCUGUCCCAUUGCUCAUGCCCACGGGAUUUAGAUUGGAUUAUGAAGAUCUCUCAAAAUAGCCCGUCACAGUGGAUUAGAACCUUUGCUUAUCCCCUACCCUACCAGGAAAAGACAGAGCUCCUGUUUCCAUACAUCCAAGUCCCAUCCCCUUUCUAGAGCUAGGAGGCUAGGUCCUGGAUGGUUUGAGAUAGGGGUUGAUUCUCAGAGGUCUUAGACCUUCUCAGACCCUCUUCUUUCUUUCCCCACCCAGGGGAAUCAUUCCAUUCAUACACCUCCACUCUGGCCCCAGCACUGUGCUCCCUUCUGACUCCUUCCCCUCCCCUCCCCAAAGAACUUCAUAAAAAAACUCAACCCAAACCACACAGCAAUGCUACAAUACAGUUAGAAUGAAAGGGGGCAUGCUGAUUCCAUGAUCCAGUGAAGCGACAGGAUGCCACCAUCUACAUCCCUAAGGUGAGGAUGGACUCAUCUGGGGAUGGGAGUGGUAUGCAAAUGAGCUCUUUGAACAUACACCCCGAAGUUCAAUAGAAGGCUCCAGGUGAGGGGAAGGCACAUAAUUGCAGGAAAAUGUAGAGACAUGAUGGAGAGAAGGGACCUAGGGAGCACAAAGGCUACAAAGAGUGAAAGGAGAGGAGAAAGAGAAUGGUGGGGAAAGGAAUAGGAGGAUGGGGAGGGAGGGAGAGGAACACAGAUUUGGAGAGAGAAAGAAAAAAGGGGAUAGAGAGGAGAAAGGUUGACAAUGGCAGAGUGAGGGAGAGGAAAACAGGUGGAUAGAGAGGGAAGGAGACAUUUGGAGAGAGACAGGUGAUGGGUAAGAGGGAAAGAGAAGCAGAGAUGAACUGAGGCAAAGGGAGACAGAUGGAGAAAAGGAAAGGCUUACAGAGACUUGUAGAAGAAGAGGGAGACAAAGAUGGGAGAAAAGGAUAGGAAAGCAGAUCUGAAGAGGGAGAGAUGGGAAAGGAAGAGGGGUACAGAGACUAGAGAGAGAUUUGAAGAGGAAGGAGGAAAGGCUGGAGAGUGGGAAAGGGCAACAGGUGGGGAGAAAGAAGGAAGGGGAGUUAAAAUUGGGGAGAGAGGGAGAGGGAAACAAGGACAGGGAGGG